UCACUUCCUCCUCAGCUGCUGAGACGAAGCGGUCAUGUGACCAUCAGAAAGUCCAGUUGGACCUGCAGCAGCGCUGAUGAUGUUGUGGUUGUCUGUGUGUGUGUUGCUCUUCUCUGCUCUCGUCCACAGUGGGCCAGCGGUUGGUGGUCAGCGGCGCUCAGAUGAACGCGUUCAGAAGCUGGACCCUGAAGUGGACAUGAACAUUACAGAGAUCAUUCGGAGGUGGGGUUACCCUGCAGAGGAGCACGAGGUUGUGACGGAGGACGGGUACAUCCUGAACAUUAACAGGAUCCCACGGGGACUCAAACAGACUCCAGGUCCGAGGCCGGCGGUCUUCCUGCAGCACGGCCUGCUGGCUGCAGGCAGUAACUGGAUCACCAACCCACCGAGGUCCAGUCUGGCCUACGUGCUGGCGGACGCUGGCUACGACGUGUGGAUCGGAAACAGUCGAGGAAACACCUGGUCCAGGAGGCACCAGACACUUAGACCAGACCAGGAGGACUUCUGGAAGUUCAGCCAUGAUGAGAUGGCUCUGAAGGAUCUUCCAGCCGUCGUAGACCACAUCCUGAAGGUGACGGACCAGGACCAGAUCUUCUACAUUGGACAUUCUCAGGGAACCACCAUCGCUUUCAUGGCGUUCUCCACGCUGCCGGAACUGGCCGGAAAGAUCCGGCUCUUCUUCGGUUUGGCUCCCGUAGCAACCGUGGCGUUCACCAGCAGCCCCAUGACCAAACUGUCCACCAUGCCAGAAUUCCUCAUCUGGGACGUGUUUGGGAGGCGGGACUUCCUGCCUCAGAGCAAGUACAUCAAGUGGAUGGCUGAACAUGUGUGUGCGAAGAAGCUGCUCAGCGAGCUGUGUGGAAACCUUUUCUUCGUCCUCUGUGGCUUCGACGAGAAAAACCUCAACAUGACCCGAACUCCGGUCUACACCACCCACUGUCCAGCAGGGACGUCUGUCCAGAACAUGAUCCACUGGUCCCAGGCAGUUCAUGGAGGGAAACUGAUGGCGUAUGACUUUGGAACUGCAGGAAACAUGAAGCACUACAACCAGUCCACCCCACCUGAGUACCGUAUCCAGGACAUGAAGGUUCCCACCGCUCUGUUUUCAGGGGGUCAUGAUACUCUGGCGGACCCCAAAGACAUGGCGGUCCUCCUGACUCAGGUGUCCAACCUGGUCUACCACCAGCACAUUGAGCACUGGGAACACCUGGACUUUAUCUGGGGUCUGGAUGCUCCGGAGCUGAUGUUUCCCUCCAUCCUGAAGCUGCUGCAGCAGAAUCGUUAGACCUCCUCAGCAGGACCAGCAGAGUCCAGGACCCGGGACCGGUCCCACCUGGAUGGUUAAAUAAUGCAUCUUCAUGUUUUCUCAGCAAACACCAGCCAUCUGUGUGUGUGUGUGUGUGUGUGUGUGUGUGUGUGUGAACAUAGACCCUCUGUGCGCGCCGGCGUCCACUGGAAGGCUCCGCCCCCGGAUGAAUGCCACAGCUCGUUUCGUGUUGGGUUCUGAUGAACCUCCUGACAAUCUGAUUUCCCUUCAGAGAGGAAGGUGGAGCUAUUGCCAUGGAAACUGCACACCUGAGCAAGAAGCCGCUCUGUAGAUUUAACUCUUGAGCUGAGACUGGUCCAUCACCUGGUUUAGAUUUACCUGUCCACCCCACCGACCACUGCUGUAUUUCAGAUGUUCUGUGGAGGACCACCGUAAGACUGAUUCUGUCUUUAGUAACUAAUUCUUAAACUAUAACGUUCGCUCGGGUCUAAAGGCUCAUUUAUGCUCCGUUUUUGUAUGAAAACCAGUAGGUUGGCCACACAUGCUUCCUCCCGUCCUCACGUUAGAUGGUUGUUAGCCCGAACAUCCAGCAGAGGGCAGAGUUCCCACCAUAACGUGGAGACGUGGGUCCUUCUCAGACAGACAAGGGUCUGAACGGACCUGCAGGCCGUCGGGUUGUUUGUCCUUUCAGGCCAUUUUUACAUCAGGUUUUGACACCAUUUGUUUGUUUUUUAUAAGAAAACGUUUCUCUCGAAGGAUUUUUUCCAAUACUUCUUUAAGUCCAGCAGGACCUGAGGACACAUUCACCACCUUUCAGCCCACUAGUGGACAAAAACCCUCCUAAACUUGCUAGAAAACAUCCCAGAUUUACCAUUUAUUUGCUCAGAUCUUGCCGUCAGCUUUACUCCAGAUCAAAACUACCAAAUAUGAAAUUAUUUAAACAAUUUUAAUCCUUCGAUGCCGGUUGGAUCACAUGUCACCGUUGUGAUGAGAUAAGACUAAACGAGUUUCAUACGCUAGGGCGACUAGGAUUUUAUUUAAAUAGAAAAAUCUAAAUAAUUUACAUUUUAACUCAUUUUUAGUACAUUUAAGAUUGGUAUGAAAAAAUCCCCAAAAUGCUAAACUUUCUAUUUUCUUUUUUAUUAAUAGUAGAAAACAAUGACAUGACGUUAGAUUUAAAAAUAAUCAGAACAAUUACAUAUUCGGUAGUUUUGAUUAGGUUUUGGAGUGGCAUGAAGCGACCUUCAUGGGUUAACGUCACGACUUCUUCUGUGUUCCUUUCACUGGUUGCACAUCAGCUGUGCUGCGCUACACCCCCCGGUGGUCAUUGGUGGUACUGCUCCAUCUGCUACGUCAGGGCACACGUCCCCCAGAAAACGCACCAAAUUAUGGACUUAAAGGACGGAGAAGACAUACAGAAGUCUGUAUUCUAGAGCAUAAAUGGGCUAUAAUUUGGCUUUGGAACUAAGCCUUCUUCAGUCUGUUCAUCUUCUAGCUGAAGAACCCAGACAGAACCCACCCUUGCAGAACAAACCAGGAGAACCUCAGCUGAAGAGUUAAAAUCCACCACGUCAAAUACAUGAAACCCAGGCAAACCUUCACCUCUCCACCUACAACCUUCACGCCGUCGGGACAGCUGCUCGUUUCCUGGUUCUGGUCCUGAAUUUUCUGGUUCUAAACAAAUAAACUGUAUGAAAACU